UGUCUGGAAGAGUGUCGAAAGAACCAUGCUCGAUGCAACAAAUACAGGCAGCAGACGCAAUCUCUUGGGCAGCCGAGGUACCUGCUCUAUCUGGGCUCCUGCGGUGAUGGGCAAGUUCGGUUGACAGAGCCGGGAAAGAGUACCGACUUCGCUAUCCUGAGUUACUAUUGGGGCAAGUCGCCGGAUUGCACAACAACCUUAACAAACUUGCAACAUCACCUGGCUGGAUUUCCUCUCAAGAACCUUCCCAAGAUAAUUCGAGAUGCUAUAGAGGUUACUCUAGCUCUUGGCUUACAACAUCUUUGGGCAGAUGCACUCUGUAUCCUCCAGGACCAAGAUGACGAGAUGAUUCAGAACAAAAUACGCAUCGCACACGAGUUUUAUGCCCGGGCGAGCAUUGUUAUAGGGGCCGCCUCUGCG